AUGAGCUAUAACGUUCUUGUUGAAGUUCUCACCGAAAGAAACGAACUUCCGUUACAAUCUGCUAAUGAUUAUCGCCAGUACAGAGUACGAUCCACUAAAAAACUUGCUCGAACUCGAAAGAUUUUAGGCGUUCAAAAGCGGUCGUCCAAAGGAGGGGCUUCUAAUUCUUCAACCGAGCCACGUCAUCGAAUUCCAUUUAAGGAACCAGCUUUGGAUGAUGUUCAAAAUAAUCCUGAGCUUAUCAAAGUGCUUGUUUGCUUAGCGGAGAGAUCAUGGGCUCAUGCUAUGGAAACAAGAUCAGUUUUAGAUACUAAUUUUUCGUCUACUAAAAAAAGUCAUGUCAGAACCAAACUCACUAAAGCUUGUAAAUAUAUUGACGCUGCAGUUUCUCUUGUUAGAGAAAUCACAAAAACUGAUAAGCUUUCUGGUUUUGGAACAUUUCAAAUUCUUCAGCUUGAAGCAUAUGCAUCUCUGAUUCAUGGUGCUCUUUUCUUUCAAACGAAAAACUAUGAGAAAUGCAUAAAAAACUACUCCCUUGCUCGUAUUUCUCUUGAAGCUAUUUCCGGUUUUGAUUCAUCUACUUCCAUUAUUAAAGAUGAUAUUGACGAAAUAAUUUCUACUGUUAUCGACCCUUCUAUUAUUUUCGCUCAAUACCGCCUGACAAAAAUUCGACCCCUCAGUGCCUCUGGAGUUUCUAUCAAAACUGUUCAGAAGAUGACUGAUCACCCAGCUGUCAAAAUCAUUUCACAAAUCAAUCCAUCAUUAUUGGACUCGUCUCUUUCGGAAGGUUCCGCUGGAUCUCGUUUAGAAAAUAUUAUCUGGAGAAAGUAUGAUGUUUCUAUUCAGGAUCGAGAAUUAGCCGCCUUUUUAUACAAGACUGUUACUAAGGACAAUUCUUUAGAAGUUGAACUCAAAGGAGCCCAAAACAACAAAUCUAUUGAAAAAUCUCUUGAAUUAUUUGAUGAAAUCUUGCAAUCUUGGCAGGAUUCCAGAGAGAUGGUCAAGACUAAUAUCGACCGUCUAGAGUCUUCUGGUGGUUCAUCAAAUGACCAAGAGAUCCAGGAUCAAUAUGUUAUCUCUACAUAUAUUGGAUAUCAUAUGUUACUAAGACGUAUUCAGCGUGAUGUGCUGUUAUUAAAGAGAGUAGAUUCUCGCAUAUUUGCUUCUUUAAACAAUGAUACUAAAAAAGGAAAUAAAAUUAGCACAAAAGGAUUUGAAAAGAUGAACGAAAUUGUUCGUCUCUACGACACAAUUUUGCAAAGUACCCGAGAAUUGACAGAUCUUCCUGGUAUUCAUACUGAUAAAAAACUUUCUGAUUCAUUGCAAUCUCUUGAUAUUUUUUACAAAGCUGAACGUCUUAAUUUGUUAGCAAAAGCGUACAGACUUUCUUCCCAUUACCCAGAAUCUUUGGCACUUUAUGGAAAAUCUCUUGAGCUUUUAUUGUCAGCUCCCCAAGAAAUUUCUGUUGAAUUUCCUUUUGGAAUUUUGGAUCAAUCUAAGUUUCAUAAAGUUCUUACUGAUACCAACUUAACAACCCUUCAAUUGAGAGCUCAAUUAACAAUAAGAGGAAAUAUAAAUGUUAAAGACCCCAACUUCAUGGAAAUUGAUGGCCCCGAAGUCAAUGCUAAAGCAGCUGUCAUUGAUAAUCUCGAGCAAUAUGGAAUUUCCAAUUUUGGUUCAGAAAAGGCUGUUGCUGAAAAUUUAGUGAGCUUUGACACUUCUCUGGAACCCGUUUUUUCGAAGCCUGUAUUUUUUGAUGUUGCUUACAAUUUCAUUUCUCAGUUUGAUUAUGCUCGUAUUGGUUCUUCAGAGUCUGUUUCAGAUUCUUCUAUUCAAGAUUCAGAUAGCUCUGGCGUUCCUGAAGAGAAGAAAAAAAGUGGUGGAUUUUUACGUGGUCUUUUGGGGCGUUAG